AUGGCUCAUAGAAUCCAACCACCACCGGACCUAACGGAUCCCGACAGGGGUGAUCGCCAAGGUUGCAACAUUCUCAUUCCGAGGGAUAGUCGCAACCUCCUUAUCUUCGUGGACGACCCGGAUAUCUGUCAUAAGUACAGAAUCUACGGGCACAACUUCUGCUGUCUCCCACCAUCCUUCCAGGACCAGUUCAAAAACAACUGUCCCCCACAUUACCACCUACAGCGCGACUCCUACACCCACGCUCUCUCUCCCCUACCCUCAUCGCCUUCCGCGCCCGUCAUGGAAGUUGCCGUAGGGUCCGUGGGUGCCAAUACCACACCCACACUCUCCACCCAGGAGGCCAACCAGGAGGACCAACUGGACUUUUCACUCAAGGAGAUAGCUCUAACGGCGAUUGAGAUAGUGGCGUUGAUUGGCGUCGUGUGGGUCGUAUGUCGCGGGUGGUGGUUGCGAGAGCGACGGUGGCGGAAGAGUGGACUAGGUUGA